GUCUGACGACAAUACUCGCCAGCCAGCUGCAAACUCCCUCUAUCUGUGCAAUAGUCCAUGCUGCUUCACGCUUGUUACUGCUGGGACGUAUGACUGCGAGUCUUCCCACUCGGUCGCCACCAGAAUGGCAAGGUGACCCUAUAGGUCAGUAUAAUGAGCAAGUCAGGAAAAAUCAGACAAAGACCCACGCGAGCUAUGCGGCGGUGCGGGUCAAUUCUGUGACUGUCUCUAUCGGGGACUUUGUCAAAGUGAAUCUACUUCAUGGCAUACGUAUUUGUCUGGUCCUCAUGCUCUGGGAAGACCGGAAGACCGACCGGCCCGUCACCUGCAUGGCAAAAGUGAUGUGCUUUGCUGACGGCGAAGACUCGGAAUUACUGAUGACAACCCGAGAGGUGGAAGUCAAGGUCGAUCGGAUACAUCAUAAGGUUCAGGUCCUCAGCUACAAGGCCUAUCAUAAAGCCAACCAAUCAGAGGAUCACACGAUCUACUAUUGUCAACGUGGGGUUGAAGAACGCCUAAGCUGCAUGACCAAAGCGAUUGAUUUAGACAAGGUCUUUUCAAACUCAGAUCCCGGCUCUCUGCUCAAAUUGGCAAGACGAUUGAUUGAAGAGGCCCUUGAGAAUGAUAAGUCUACCAGAAAGGUCAGAAUGGCAAAAAAUACCACAAGGACGAGCCGGACCGCUUUCAAAAAUGUCGACGACACAUACUCGGCCUCGUCAAGUGAGUUUGAGGAUGCAUCGACCUCAGCAGCAGAAACAUCUGAAGACGAUUUGGCCCCCAUCACACCUCGCAAACGAAAGCGAACGAAUGUAAUUACGCCCAAAUCAGAACGUGUCAGAACGCCCGGAAGUCGUUCUCAUCGAAUCAUGGCUCCGUUAGAGGUUGAGCCACUACCGUCUCGAACCGCGAGAGCCGAGGAUGAGCAAAACUUGACACCCCAUCAGUUGGCUCGUCAGCGUCUGCACGUCGCGGAAGUGCCAGUGUCACUACCGUGCAGGGAAAGCGAAUUUGCCAAUAUCUAUACACAGGUGGAGUCUGCCAUUAUUGACAACGACAGUGCUCUGUUGUAUAUUUCGGGUACUCCAGGAGCUGGUAAAACUGCAACCGUCCGGGAAGUGGUGGCGGCCUUGCAAGAAAGCGUUCGCAAUAAGGAGUUGUAUCCUUUCAAGUUUGUUGAGAUCAAUGGCAUGAAAAUCCCAGACCCAGCACAGGCCUAUGCACGACUAUGGGAAUCCCUGACAGGCCAACGGGUAACGGCCCAACACGCUUUAUCUUUGCUACAAGAGUAUUAUUCCAAAGAAAAUCCCACCGGUAUGUCGUGCGUCGUGCUGAUGGAUGAGCUGGACCAGUUGACCACAACAAAGCAAGAGGUUAUGUAUAACUUCUUCCAGUGGCCGAGUAUGCCGAACACGCGAUUAAUCGUCAUUGCCGUUUCCAACACCAUGGAUUUGCCUGAAAGGUUUCUUGCUCACAAAGUGGCUUCUCGCCUUGGCUUGUCACGGAUUGCGUUUCCCUCGUACACUCGGGAACAGCUCAACAAAAUCAUCACCUCUCGUCUGCAAAGUGUUUCCGGAAUGGAAAUUGAUGCAGCGGCCAUCGACUUUGCUUGUCUCAAAGUUGCAAGCGUCUCUGGAGACGCACGCAGGGCAUUGGACAUCUGCCGCAGAGCGUUCGAACUAGCUGAGGCGCAAUUGACAGCUCAGAACGACGGAGACUCCGGAUCCAGAGGUCGGUCAGACAAUAUUUCUCAGCCUGUCGCAUCGGCCGGACGCAUCACGAUGCAAGUGAUUCGUGAGGCGAUUCGCCUCAUGACGACUUCUCCGCUGCAGAAUUACUUGACAGCAUUGCCGUUGCUGGCGAAACUCUUCCUGAAGGCUCUUUUGGCAUGUGUUAGACGAUCUGGUCUGGCAGAGAACACGCUUGGUGAUAUUACCGAGGACGCAUCGAGGUUGUGCAAAGUCAAUACACGACGAGAGCUUGAAUUGAUUAUGGGAAAUACUGGCUUGCAGCCGUAUGCCAUGAUGGAGACAGCGCGGUCUUUGAGCACAGCAGGCAUCAUUUACUUAGAGUCCUUCGUCUCGGAGAAACACUGCCGUGUGAGGCUCAAAAUACCGGAGUCUGACCUUGUCGGGUUUGUUGAAACUGAUGCCGAUGUUAGGACAAUCACAUGAGUGAUAUCUGGCAAGUAAGCUGUUCUGUGAUUGAAUUCUUCACAAACUAUAUAUUUGCCAAAGGCGACCUUUUCUAUAUUCGUUACUCAUUAGUGUCGUAGCUGCAUCUGUGUAGUAUCUUCUGCAAAU